AACUCUAGGUUUCAUGCCAAUGGAAUUUUCCCUCCCCAGGAUGGAAAGCAGGAACCUCUUCCUAAGCCUGUUGCUGUGCUACAGCGUGCUCAGAGCUGCUGACUCUCACAUGGUGAUCGAAGAGAAGACAGAAUGCAACCCAUCCAAGAGCAACAAAAUGAACCUCUCAGAUCUCCCUCCCAUCUCCAUUGUAGAUUUAACCAAAAAAUCCCAGAAAGUCAGCAGGAAAGAGGCAGAGGACAGGAAAUCUUCCAAGAGAAAUGCUCAGCUGAGGACACCUCCAAAACCAAGGCCCACCCCAGCUGCUGACUGUGUGCCUAACUUCAAAACCUGCAAACCACACUUGAAUUCAUGUUGCAACUACUGUGCCUUGUGCAAGUGCCGGAUUUUCCAGACCAUCUGUCAGUGUCUGAUGUUAAACCCAAAGUGCUAAGCCGAGCUGGGAGCACAAUAAGGGCUUCUGUCUUUCAUUAGCUUCUCAAGUGUCUAUUUCAAACUGCUCCAUGCAUAUUUGCAACCACUUUAGAGAGCUUUGAAGCUGGCAGCUUGGAUUUUGCC